CCUAAUAUCAAAUGGAUCUAGUGAUAAAUAAUCUAGUCAAUUUUUUCGACUACAUCUAGAUCUAUUUGUCCUAAAUAAAUAAUAAAUGGCCAAGAGAACACCUCAAAUGACAUCAAAGGAUGCUAUUAUUAACUUUAAAUCUAAAGUCUCAGAUAGUUUACCCCUGCUGGGCUUCCUUAACAAUGAGGAUAAAGUUGAUGUUUGGAGAUUUUGGAAAACUGUUUCAUCUGCUGUCAAAAUAGCAGUAAAUGGUAAAGGUGAAAUUGUGGAAACACCUCCAAGAAGAAACUAUAAAUCUGCUAAAAACAACAGAGAAAGACAGCUGGAAGAAUAUCGUCUCCAGCAUCUCGAUAGAGGCGCUAUCACUAUCUAUGUGCCAGUGCAGUGCUCAGAAAAAGGAUUUAGAAAAUGUAGAGUUUUGAAAAUUGCCAAUCAGAGAAAAAUUUCUGAUUACUAUGAGACAUUUCCAAUCCUUGAAGGAGAUGAAUCAGAUGUUCCACUCCCUGAAGCAGAUCUGGAAAGUAUUGACCUUUCAGCUCUUAGCCAAAGCAAGAUUGAAGAGCACAAAAUUGAUGAAAAAAUGUCUGAUAAAGUAACACCUAAUGAUAGCUUAGUUGAGGAUAUAGCCAGUUUUUUAAAAAACAAUGAAAGCAGUGUUUCUGUUCACGAAUCAAGUACACCCUUAAAGACUGCUGACAGUAAUUCUUGUAAAUUAGAUAAAUCCAAACCAGUUCGUAGAAUCUGGCCUGUCGGGCGUCCAACAACCAGGUCAUUGGGAGCUCGAAUAAUAAAAGAUGAAUGCUAUGAAAAUAUUCCAACAAGAAAGAGUGUCAAAAAUUCUGAGGGUGGUAAUGUUGAUGUUGGUUCCAUUACAUUUUAUCCUAGUGUUAAAGAAGAAGUGUCAGAUACUGUAGAAGAUGACUUUAACAUCACUAUAGUUCCAGUCGGGAACAGUGUCAUGCAAAUCUCCCAAAGUACAUUGUCAGGUCUUCAUGAACACCUAGAAAAUUCUCAGGAAAUCAUAACUCAGCAGUUAAAUGCUUCUCAAAUAGAACCGGAAGCAUCACUUUUUCAUCCCAACAUGCAUUCUGAGAGUACAGUAUCAGACUACCAUAUGCAGGUGAUCAUUCCUGACAUUCCACACUCUGACAUUGCUGCAGAGAGUGAUAGACAUGUCUUUGUAGACCAGGGACUCAUGAAGCAGGAAGAGGAAUCUAUGCAUUCAGAGGAGCAAUCUAUUCCUGUGUAUGGCUCUUCAUCUGAACUAAGUAAAAAUGAACACAGUGCUGCAAUGCAAAGCAACAUAACUCCUCGAAAUGCUUCAGACAUUGAAACUAUAAUAACAGCCUUGGAAGAAGAACUUAAAAAAACUGGCUCCACAAUUACAGUUGAAUCCAGUAUGAAAGAAAACCCAAUAACUGAGGACAUGUGUGUAACAGAUAUUCCCGGAGACUUUGAUGAGGCACCAGUGCAGACUGUGCAGAUUGUGGAUGGGGAAGAAAUUGUUGAGGUUCAGCAUAUGGGCAAUGUUAUCUGGACCAGUGAUGGGGAUGUCCAGAUUCUUGACCACACUCAUCUAGUUGAUUCCACCACCACUAAUGAUGGCACUGUUGUGUUUGAAGGACAGCCAGUUGAAGCUCAGUAUGAUGUGGUGGAGUAUGAAGUUUUGGCUGAUAAAAAGUUGAAAAGAGGACGGAAAAAGAAAAUAAAAGAGGAAAAUAGUGGUACCAAGUCAGAAGAAGUAGAUCGCACAUGUCCCAUUUGUCAUCGAGUUUUAAACUAUGCAUCCUCAAUGACAGCUCACAUGAGGAUCCAUACAGGCAUCCGGCCUUACAGUUGUGGUCAGUGUGACAGGAAAUUUACAACAAAGGCUAACAGAGAUCGACAUGAAGCAACACAUGUUGGUCUGAAACCCUUCCAGUGUAAUCAGUGUAAUAAAAGCUUUACUGAGAAACGCUCACUCAAAAUUCACAUGCGCACACAUACAGGAGAGCGUCCAUUUGUUUGUAAUGUGUGUGGACGAGGUUUUACACAAAAAUGUACACUUUUGGUCCACAUGGAUCGCCAUACAAACAAAAAAGGUCACUUGUGCGAUCUUUGUGGAAAAGCCUUUCGACAAAAGUGUCAGCUUGACGUCCAUGUAAAGCGUCAUAAAAGACAAGCCAGUUUCCCUUGUAAUGAAUGUUCCACAAAGUGCUAUACCAAAGGUGACCUGAUGAGGCAUAUGAUCAAACACACUGGGGAGAGACCAUUUCAAUGUCAGCUAUGUAAUAGAGCAUUCACCCGCAAACAGUAUCUGAUUGACCACGAGAAUCAGCACUAUGGGCGUAAACCUUACAGAUGCUCAGUGUGCUCAGCAACAUUUCAUGACAUGGGAUCAUGUCAUAGGCAUCUCAGGAAACAUAAACAGGAUGAAGAAGGUGAAAACAGUAAAGGCCCUACCAAAUCAGCUUUACUUAACAGCACAGAUUUUCAUAUGAUACUCGAGGGAACCCAGAUUGGACAGAUUCUCAAACUUGAUGAUGGUACUGAUGCUUUGGUAAAGGCUGUUACAGCAGAGGCAGAUGGCAGCACAGUGUACCACAUUACUUGUUUGGGGAAAUCUACUCCUUCAACAGUGGUUCACUGCACUGACACAUCAGAAGCAUCAGCUCAAGAAGAAGGAGGCCAGUAAUUGAUUUCAGAGUCUAAACAUUGUUCAUGUGUCCUAAAUGAAACUUCUAACAUUAAAUACAACUUUGAACUUGUCUAUGACACAUGUUGGCUGAGGGGUGAAAUACUUGGAUGUCAAGUUCUGUUGGAGCUGUUAACAUUUUCAUCUGAUGCAUAUUUGACAUCUGUAAAUGAUAUUAAUUAUUGUGUUGGACACACAAUCUUUUCCUUCCACAGAAACAGUGAUCUUUUAGACCAUAGAUCAUUUGUGAAAAGCAUUAUUUAAUAAAUCCAUGCUGUAUUGAAUCUCUGAAGACCAUGUUAACUAGUUUCAAACCAGAAGCAGUAAAUCUUGGACCAACUUAAACUUAUGAAUCACUUUAAAAUAAAAGCAUGUUUUAUCUGUGUAAAUUUGAUUCUAUAAAAGUAAACAUAAAAUUAUUCAACUUUAAUAAGAAAAGGGCUCAAUAGUAUUUUGAAUGUGAGGUUUCCAGGGAUAGUCAGGAAACAAUUUGUUCACAUUUCCUUAUCCACCACAAUUCUUGUAUUUAAAACGAGUACAUAUAAGUAUUAGUUUUAAACUAUUUCAAUGAUAUAUCAGUGAUAAUUUGACCUUAUGUAUCUGCUGUGCAGAAUAAUAACAAUUAUUAAAUGCUUUAUUUAUCAUUAUUAUCAUUAAUUGUAUGCCAUGUUCAUAUAUUGUAGUAUUGUGUUAUAAUAAAACAUUCUUGAAAAAAAUUGUGUAAAUAGAAUCAUUUUAGUACACAUUUGAAUUAAUUAUCACAGUGUCAUUUAUCAAGUCACUCUUUAUGUAUACAAGAAACUCUCUUGUUCCAUAUCUUGUCCUAGGCAUUUAGAAUGAGACAUUUUCUCAAGAAGGGUGUACAUUCAAAUAUGGCUGGAUUAAAAGCUCAAAAUUUCUGAUUGUCUGAGUCUUUGAUGACUUAGUCCCUUUCAUCCAUCUCCAAAUGGUAACUAGGAAUCACCUAGGUAAAGGUCAAUGCAAAUAAUGCACAUAGCAGACAUUCAGCAAUAGCUGUAAAAGAAAGGGAGUCGGUUUACUUCCUUCAGUUAAUAUGUGUGCACUUGAUAUGAUAAAUAAAUUAGUACAAGUUUUCAAAACUAUAACAUCUUGAGUGCACAAGUUGAUAAAAUUAAUUAAAAGAGUGAAUUGUUGAGUAAAAUGACUGAUUGUUUAAGAAAUCGUUUAUUUAAAAUUAUAACUACGUAAAAUUUUCUGAAUGUUUAGAUCCUAAAAAAUAUUUUGCUUUUUUUUGUAUAUGUUUUAAAAGUUGUUUUUUUUUUUUCUUGUUAAAUAUUCAACCUGGAUCACUACUAUAAUGACUCAUUUUAAAUACAAUUAUUCAUAGUUUUAAAGUUCAUUAUUCAUGAAUAUUGAACAAAUGAUAUCUCUAUUGUAGUUUAUUGAGCAAAAGAUAUAUGUAUUGUAGUUUAAGUAUUUCAUCAAAUAUGAAAAUAAAUCAUUGAAUUUUCUUUUUUUUUUUUUACAAAGCUUUUAUCAACUCACUCAGUCUAUCUGUCUGUCUGGUAAAAAGUGUGUACACAGUGUUUCUCCCACACCCAUUCUCUGAUCAAUUUGAAACUUUGCACAAUUAUUCAUUGGUAUAGACAAAACAUGGAUAUAUAAUAACAAAAUUAAUAACAAAUUAAACAAUUCAGUACUGGAAAUUAAUUAUUUUGUUUGAUACCAACAAGGGAAACUAAUCCUUCAGUAUUCACAGAUAGAGCUAAAUUUGUCCACUUAAAUAAUUGUUAUCCGUAUUUCUCCCUCACACAUUCUCCAAUCAAGUUGAUACUUAAAACAAUUAUAAAUUGUUCCUAACAAAACAUAAAUCAAUUUUUUUUUAAAUACCAAUUAGUCAAUUAAUUAUUGAUAGUUUAUUAUUUUUUUGUUUGAUAUCUGAUAAGAAAAAUAACUUGUACAUUAUUGAUAUAGUUUUAAGGGCAGAGUUCUUCCCCUUUAUAAGAGUUUUUGUUUUUUAAAGGAUUUUAAAAAAAUUUUGCUUGUUUAACUUUUUUUUCAUGAUUUAAAAUUUUGACAGGAAUUAUAAUACUCAUAAGGGUUAAGUAUUUACUAUGAAAUGAAAGAAAUGCACAGGGGAUUAAGUGAUGCCUAGUGUUAGGGAAGCUGAUGUAAAGAAAAAAGGAUUUACACAAUUCAAGACAAAGUGAUUAACAUUAUAUUCUUUAAAUUGAGUCCGAAACAUUGUUUCAUUUUUUUUAGAGUUACAAAAUUACUGUCUGUUAAGAAAGUAGUAAUCAAACUAUUUUUUAUAAUGCCUAUUAAUUAUAUGAUUCCACUUAACACAUAAUCUCAUAGAUUUCUUUGCCAUUGUGUCAAUAGUCAAGUGCCUUUCAAGUCCUUGUAAAGAAAACAUUUUUUUUUAUUAAAGUAUGCCUCAAAAAUGAA